CUACAGCCCCCAACAGUCCCGGCCGCCUCUCCGCGCCCUCGCCUGUGGCGGCAGCGGUGCGUCGCCCCCUGGCAGCGGCGGUUGGAGCCGCGGCCGUGCCCGGUGCUGCGCGGGAGGGGGCGGGCGCCAUGGCUGACAGCGGAGAGCCCCCAGCGGCUCCGGCCGCGGCCCCUCCGGGCUCGCCGGCGCAGAGGCGGCGGCCGGGCGGCUCCCCCAGCGCUGGUGCCGCCGGGGCGGAGGGCGCGGCGGCGGCCAUGCCGCGGCUGCCGUUGGGCGGCCCGGGCGGGGCAGCGGGGAUGUCGCUGCCGCGGCUGGAGAAGCCGAUCAAGCAGGCCUUCUACAACACCGGGGCGCUGCUGUUUGCGGGGCUGUGCUGUGGCGCCGCCGUCCUGGUCUACUUCAUCCUAGAGGCCUUCCUGCGGCCGCUGCUCUGGGCUGUGCUCUGCGGCACCUUCCUGCACCCCUUCAAGAGCUCCCUGACGGCGCUGGGCCGCCGCUGGCUCAGCCGCCUGCACCGCUCCCGCACGCCCGUCCUGCUGGCCGCCCUCCUCCUCCCCAUCUGCUUCGCCAACUACGGGGUGGAGGCGCUGGGCGAGCAGGUGCUACGGCGGCGGCGGCUCCUGCUGCUUCUGGGCGCCGGGGGACCGCUGCUUUACGGGCUCUACUGCCUGGGCAGCUCCCUGGGCGUGCAGGUGCUGCUGGCUCAAGCCGCCCACCUCAUCUGCCAGGGGCUGGAUUACUUCAGUAGCCAGUGGAUAUGGACGUUGGUAGUUGGUUACCUGCUGGUGGUUUCAUUCAAGUGGAAUAUAAGCACUGAACGUUACUUAAAAGGAAUCUCUGUCCCUGUCUGGAUUAUGCUGCUCUUUCACUUAGCUUCUGUGGCAGGUUCCUGGAGAAUUCCCGUGUUUCUGGUUAUAGUCGUUCUGAUGACUGUAGGCAUGUUGCAUGAACAGCAUAAUGGAAAGGAGUCUUCUGGGGCAGAGCUUCCUGGUCAGAUGAUUUCCAUUGCUGCUUCAACAAUUGCCAUGGCAAUUUCAAUGACAGAAGAUGACUCCAGUAGUGAACAUUCCUCACAACCCUCAGGAUCAACAGAAGGUGAUCAGCCUCCACAUGCUUCAUCAUCUUUCUCCUCCUCUUCAUCCUCUUCUGGGAGCAGACAAAGACCUGAGAUUGGAUCUUUUCUUAGAAAAAAGAAAACUAGUGAUAUUUACUUUGUUACACUUGUGUGGGCCAUUGUCAUUGUCCAGAUCUGGCUAAAUUUCUGGAUUGUGCAGCUAUUGCCAGUGCCUUUUGCAGUUUGGGCACUUAAAAAACUUGUGAUUCAUUUUGGAGUUUUGAACUUCAUGGCAAACCAUUGCAAAAGUUGGUGGCAACUUGUUGAAAAUUUUGUGAAGGAACGUCAGGAAGCUCUUGCUCCACGGCCUAUCAGAGGGCUUGGAAGAGUCAUGUUAAAGCUUGACAGUAAGCUGUGGCACUGGCUUAAUAAAAAGAUGAUCGUGUGGUUGGAGAAAAUGCUAGAUAAAAUAAUCAGCAUUUUCAUAAUAUUUUUGCUAGUGAUAGGAACCCUUCUGCUAGCCCUGCUCCUUACUGCAAAGGUACAUCAAGAGAGCGUUCACAUGAUUCAAGUCACAAGCAGCUUGAUCAAUGAGACAGUAGCCAGUCACCCAGAAUGGGCAAACUGGCUCCCAGAAGCUCAGGUUAUUCAGAAGGCACUCAAUUCAGCAGCUAAUAAUGUAUACCAAUAUGGCCGAGAAUGGAUUACACAUAAGCUCCACAAGAUUUUAGGAGAAAAAGUUAAUAACACCGCUGUGAUUGAAAAACAAGUGCUAGAGCUCUGGGACAGGCUUUAUCACUCUUGGUUUGUGAAGAAUGUAACACAUUCUGGAAGACACAAAGGACACAAAUGGCACAUAAACCGUCAAAACAGCUGGCUUGGUGAUAUUUUGGACUGGCAAGAUGUUGCAUCAUUUGUUCAUGAUAACAUUGAAACAUUUCUUUCGAUCUUGGAGUCUCUGUGGAUAGUGAUGAGUCGCAAUGUGAGCCUCUUGUUUACUACAGUUACAACGCUGGUGACAAUCCUCUUCCAUAGUGGGACAGCUCUUCUCAAUUUUGUGCUUUCAGUGGUGAUUUUUCUGACCACGCUGUUCUACCUGUUGAGUUCCAGUGAUGAGUACUACAAGCCAGUAAAAUGGGUGAUAAGCCUGACACCUUUGUCUCAGCCAGGUCCCUCCUCAAAUAUAGUUGGCCAGUCUGUGGAGGAAGCAAUAAGAGGUGUAUUUGAUGCUUCCCUCAAAAUGGCUGGGUUCUAUGGACUCUACACUUGGCUGACUCACACUAUAUUUGGGAUUAACAUAGUCUUCAUACCAUCUGCAUUAGCAGCAAUCCUUGGAGCAGUGCCAUUUCUGGGGACAUACUGGGCAGCCAUCCCUGCAGUCCUGGAUUUGUGGCUUGUGCAAGGACAGGGAUGCAAAGCCAUUUUGCUCUUGGUUUUUCACCUCUUGCCAACCUAUUUUGUAGAUACAGCAAUUUAUUCAGAUAUAUCAGGAGGUGGUCAUCCUUACCUGACAGGUCUUGCAGUAGCUGGUGGAGCAUAUUACCUGGGACUGGAAGGAGCCAUCAUAGGACCAAUUCUACUUUGUAUACUUGUGGUUGCCUCCAACAUAUAUAGUGCCAUGUUGGUGAGUCCAACAAAUUCAGUGCCCACUCCAUCACAAGCAGCAUGGCCAUUACAGAUUUACCGGUCAUCUAGAGAGAGUCCUGAAGAGAUGAAAAUGGCUGCAGAGUGAUGAAGGUGCUGUGCUGAACCUAUUCAACAUGAGAGAAUCGCUGUCUUCUGUCUUGAGUUCACAACAGCCAUGGCCUUCUGUCCCUUUGCAGCUGUGCCUAGGGGCAGCUCACAGGGAAGCAUAGCUUGGGUGUUAGGAGAAACCACUUCUCGAACAUCUGCCGGCCUUACGUUAUUGUGCACUUUGCCUCUUCAAGAGAGAAUGUCUGCUUCCCAUGGCUUUGCAUACUAACACACAGUUCAACUGCCUUGUUGAAGGCCUUGAAGACCUUCUCUCUUCAUAAAAAGAAUACUUAAGAGGACAGGUAUAUCCACUGGAGUCAUUAACUCGUCUGCUGAAAUGACUAUCUUGGCUUCUAUUUAUUGGGUUGUGUUAUUAAAUUGCAGUAGCUUUAAAGAAAGCUAAUUCCAAAAUAUUUAUUCUCAGUUAACCUGGUGGCAAAAAAGGCGUAAACCACUCAUUGUUAAGUGAAGGUAGAAUAUAAUUAUUUGCUGCUCCUUCAAGUAUUUCUUUUGAGGCUUUGACCAUCAUCUGUAACUGAUAAUAACACUUAAACAUUAUCCUCUUGUAUGCACUGAAAUUUAACGUUGUUGGAGACUGGUAUUUCUAAUAUCUUCCUGAAGUUAGUAGACAUGCAAAUUGUUAAAUGUGGGGUUUCCUCACAUUAAAUUAGGAGGACUUGUUUAAAUAGUUUAAAUCUUGCCCUCAUUUCCAGUGAAAUCUGAUAGUAUUUUGCUGCUUACUCACUAUCCCAGUGGAGUCAUCUUGUCAACUAAAUUUAAUGAAAGGCCUUAAGUGUUUUCAGGCAGAGGUAAUGCAUGAUUGUCCCGUCUGCUUCCAGUAACAGGAAGAAGUUGAACGGGGAUUGUUUAAUGUUGGUUUUCAAAUGCUGUGGCUGAGUCCAAUUAACUGUUCAAAGAAAUUCAAGUUUAUUUCCAAAGAGGAAGCGGAAAGAGUAUGGAUUUUGGUUUGGUUUGGUUUCGUUUAGUUUGGGUUUUUUGCCAUGUAAGCCUCUGGCCAAAUAUUUUAAUAAGAUAUAAGAUAUAUCUUAUAUAUUAAGAUAUAUCUUAAGAAUAAAUGGAAUUUUUAAAUUCCUGAAAUGGUGCGUUGCCUAGGUCACAGCAUCAAACUCCUCUAGUGCUUUUCUUCCAUAGGUAAUUUUGCUUAAGUUGCAGUUGUGGUGACAUUUAAGGCCUUUUGUAUUGAUUGUUGAAAUAUUUUGGCACACUGGAUCUUUAUAAAUGGAUCCUUUUUUUAAAUAGGAAGUGGGGUUUUUUGUAGAUAUUUCAUACUUGAACAGCUUUUCCACAACUACAGUGAGGCCCUGAAUACAAAGUAGCAGAUGCACAUGCUUAACCAAAGAACCACCUUUCAGUUUCUAGUAAUUUCUCUUGAAUUUCUUUCAGAGCUUGAUUGAUAAUGAUAUAUACAAAAUAUAUGCCUUGUAUUUAUUGUUGAUGGUAAUGCAACUGUUGGAACAAAAAUCUGUUCUUAUCUAGGGAUAAGGGUAUCUACAAUUUGUGUACAAACAGCUCUCAGUAAUAUAGACAUUUGUUUUACUCGAGUUGCAGAAGUACUGAUAGAUAGGACUCUUAUUUUCAUGAUAUAUUGCAUGCAUUUUUACAUUGUUUAUAAAAAUACAUUGCCAUAGAAAGUGAUUGGAAAGUACUCUCAUACUUACUAAGCAAGAAAGUCCUGCUAUCGGUUUGCAAUAAACAGGCUGCUUAUUAAGACACAAAUACCCUACUCCUCAGAUUCUCAAAAUUAGCUGCUGCAAUUUUACUGAUGAAAUUUUAUGCUUAAAUGAGGGGUUUCGAGUAUGCCAUUUUUACACUUGCAAACUUGCAGGUAUGUGUUUGGGGGAUGGAAUCAGGCUUAAUUUAGUGGUUUGACUCAAGUUCAUUGAAAUACGGAAACAUCCCGUUUAAUAUUUUUAAUUCUGAAAGACCUACACGUCCAUUCCAACUAACUGAAUGGGAAGGAUAUAUUGCUUGAAGUACGCAACUGUCCUGUGGUUUUAUUUCCUUGGUUUUGUGGCUCACGUAAAAUCUUUAAUGAAACACAUUUUUACAAUUGUUGUUGGCUAGGGUGGAGGAUGACAAAGAACCUGAGGCUGUCCCUAAGUAUUCCUGCAACACUCUCUCCAGCUUGAAUGAGACCACCAUGAUACUUGGGAAACGUCUUUAUUAUAUUACUUUUUUUAGUUCACGGUUUUGCACUGAAAUGUUGUGUUCUCAUCAUAGCUUCUUGUAGACAGCAUUUGAAGAAGAUUACUAGCAAGAAAUAUGCAUCCUUAAUGUAUUUCCAGUUUUCUGUUGUUCCUCUUUGCUCACUGGUCAAGACAUUUCUAUUGUCCACAUUUGCUAUCCCAGUUAUUUCUGAGACAAUCUUUCAGAUUCCUAUGGUACUUAACAUAGUCAUUUUAAAGAGUCAUUAUAAAGCAUUCUUUUGUUUGUUUUUAAGUUUUCCUCUUCUUCCUCCCCCUUCACCUGCCUUCCUUAGAUCAAAGAAGGGUCUCUGCUGUGAAGAUUAAAAUGGUAUUUCAGACAGUUAUCUUCAAUAGUGGCAAAUCAGUAAAAUCAGCUGAGAAGAUAUGUUGCUAUUUUGAAAUGUUCCUUUCCCAACAUGAAGAGAGAUAAUUUUGUAUAGAGAAUUCAUAUCUGAUGUAGUCUUGUUAGUUUGCCCUCCUUUGAAAUGAAGCUUGAUAUUGAUGCUUCCUGUUUGAAAUUUAGCUAAGACUUGCCAUGAAGAACCACCCGUAGUACAGUCUUUCUCAGUAAAUGUAGCUUAAGGAGUUCAUGCUAUGUGCCGUGCCUGAUUGAGGAACCAAUUGUAUAGUUCCGUGGCAGUACAGUAACAGUAUACUGCCAAAAAGAAAGGAAAAAGAAGAAACAAAAUCUCCAAUAAUACCUUCUUAGAAUAUGAAAUAUUCACUGAAUUUUGCCAUGGUUUAAAAAAAAAAAACCAACACCAAAACAGACAACAAAACAUCACCUUAUGAAAAAGUGUACCUUGAUUAUUUAGGGUUUGUCUUUAGUAACUGUCUAACUACCAGUAGAAAUAGAAGAACUUGUCCUUGCAUAUUUAACAAUCUAUAUUCUUUUCUGAAAAAACAUAGCCUCUUUAAGAACAGUUUAGUUUAGAUCAAUCUCACAUUUAUAUGAAAAUAAUCAAACUGGUCAUUUUGGCUUCUGAUCAUUGCAAUGUACCAGUUCCUGGUUAUAUUGCCUCAUCUGCAAAAGCCAGCAGCAGCUGGCAGCAGCGGCAUAAGCUUUUAGAUGGCUUGUGGGUUUCAAAACAAAACGAAAAAAGGUGGAGGGGAACUCCUCACACACCCUUUUCUGGAGUGGCAUUAAACUACAGUUUUCUUAGGAGAGACCAUCUUUUUCAUAAUACUUACAGGCAAGGAGUUGAUGGUCUUUAACUUUACUGUGAACAGUCAUUCCAGGAGCAAGUACGAACUUGUAUUUAGUACAUUUAGUACUCAGUCUGAACAAAACCAAUUUGGAAUUCAGAAGGGAAGUCUUGUAGUAAACCAAGACAAUGUGGUCUCGUGGUAUUGUAAAAUACAACUGUGCUGGGUUUUAUCAUUCUCUCCUAGCAAAUCAGACUUGUUGCAAAUAAGCGUAGUGUCAAAGGGCUAGUGGUAACUGGUUUUUGCACUGUUAGCCCUUCCUCCCCUUCCUGUACCUUAGCUGAAUGUUACUGUGCCGUACCAGAGCUAGCAGAAGUGAAUGUGUGCCAGUUUACAGCCCAGCAUGUUAACUUCAGGUCACUGUAAAUACUGGCUUAACUGAGUACACGAAGCAACAAACUGCAAUGGAUGAGAGCCUGGCACACGUUCGUUUUGCCAGCCUUACUACAGUAUGGUGACUAUAAGCACAGAUACACCAUGACUGGUUGGGAGCAGUAAUGAUUUAUUUUGAAAGAUUGCUUUUAAAAGAAAAAAAAAAAAGUUUAACAUUAUAGUCAUACAUAUGAAAUUGAUACCCACAUAUCUAAUAAUGGAGAUAGCAGUCAGAUAUUUCCAUGCACAAUGGUAUGUAUUUGCAGGUCAUCUAGGGUUUAGGCUUGUCUGAUUUCAAGGACUACGUGGCUUCUCUUCAAGACUUUGGGGAGGAAGAUAUACUUAAGUGUAUUUUGUCAGUGAUUACUGGAUUAGGAAAUCCAUAAUCUGUUUAAUCAAACAAAAUGAGAAAAAAAACAUUGUGUAGGGAAAAUUGGUUGCUGUCUCCAGUAUUAUACACUGUGGGUAUCAGUGUAACUUCUGAAAUAUGUGUAUGGCUGCAGUGUUAAACAUUGUUUUUCAGAAAACCUGAAAAAACAAAACUGGAUAAAAUUGUUCCCCAGUAAAAGUACCAGCAGAAUUGCUAUGCUGCUAGCCCCUAGGACUGGUGACAGAAUACUGCAAAGAGCACUGCCUUUCCUACAAGUCUGAUACACUAAGGAUGGGAAAAUACCAUUAUUCUGCUGAGACUCUAUAGCUUUGCAUCAGUAGUAGAAGAUGCUCCCACAAAUGGCCUUUAUUCAACCAUCGUGUUUCUAUUAUAUUGGCUUAAGUUUGUCACUGCAGAUAGUGCCACCUGUAUGGAUACUACCUCUGGUACCAGCUACAACUUCCGUCAGAAGGUACUGCAAGCUGUUGGGAUUGGACUUAGUAUUCAUUAUGUGUAAUAAUGGAGGUAGCAUUCUUCUGGAGAUGCAGUUGUUUGCCUCGAAGUUUGCAGUUGUACAAUAGAAAAUUGAUUUCCCAAUUAAAUAAUCUUUACUGAGUGACAGAUGGCAUUUCUUAAAUCCGUGGAUGCAUCAUCUUUAUAAAUUCUCUCCUGGCUUGUAUUUCAAAGGGAUUAUUAUUAUUACUGUUACUACUACUACUACCACUACUACUACUACUACUGUUAUUAUUUCUUACACAUUUUUGGUGAAGCAUACUUUGGCAACUCCCUUCUUAUUUCUAUUUCUACAAAACUAGAAUUGCCUAAAAUUCUUAAUAAACAUUAGGGAGGCUUGAUCUUUAACCUGAUACUGUUUAUCUGUCACUUCUAGUAAAAUACCUUAGUGCUUUAUGGUAAAAAUCUCCAAAGUUGCUUUUAAGUGAUAAAAUUGGAAAUUUAAAAAAAAAAUAAAAUUGCAAUGUAGAGAAUGAACUUGGUAUUUUGAAACCAGAAACAAUGCCAGAAGUAAUGAGCAUGUUCAGGACUCUACAUUGGGGUUGUAAAUGUAUGUAUCGAUAUGCAGCAUUGUAUAAAUAUGAGCAGUGUCUAUCCUAUUCAGACUUUAACUGAAAUUUUGUUCUAUCUUGUUUUUAAGACAUCUGAGAACAAAAUAGUGCCUGUAUAUAGUGAAAAUAAGCAACGUUUUCUAAAAUUAAUGUUUACUUGAUAAAGGUUGGGGAAGAGCCAAGCAAAUACUGGUAGGGUGACUAGAACUGUUUUGUUGUAGUUAAUACAAAGUUGGGAAAAGCUGUUCUUCCAUCUAGUAGUACAUUGCUAAGAGAUUAUUGUUCCUGGAAGUAUUUGCACGCAUCUACUGAAUAGCUGCCAAAAUUAAUAGGUCGUGAAAUACAUCUUCAGUUCCCCAGUCUCUUAACCUCUUCCACACCUUGUCUGGUAUCUUGUUUUGAACCUGGUUUAGUACAUUAGAGUAUUGCUUGAUCCUCAUUUGGGAUCGAUUCCAGGAUGUGAAGGGCAUGCUUUGAAUGUCCAUACUGAAAUAGUAUGUCCAAUUCAGGAAGGAAUUGCUAAUUGGCAAGUAAAUGCAUCCUUGAUGUGCUCUGCAUAUGGAUGGACUUGGACAAAGAUAAUUCAUGUUGCAUUGCAUUAGAGAUUAUUCUUUGAGUAUAGCACUAUGUGGCAAUACCAGAGCUAGGUCUGAGUUAGAAGCAGGGCAUAUUUGCUUGCAGCAGGAUGCAUUUGCAAGCUAACAAAGGCAGAGUGAGUGCUCUAGCAUCCAUGUAUAUAUAUGAAGAAUUUUCAGCAUGAUGGUUUUAGAGCAAAAAUGUUGAUUUCUUUUCCUAGCCUCACUUUUUGCCACUUGACUAUUGUAUACAGUGAUCCAAUGAGGACCUAAAGUAACUUUUUUAUGGCAUUGGUGUAGAUUAAAUGUAAGAGGCAUCACAAAGCUAAAAAGUAGCCACAGAACAAAAGUUCCUUAAGCUUAAGAACUGACAUCCAGGCCAUAAGGUUGGAAAAACAAAAUCCAGAUUUUUUGCCUCCUUUCUGCCAGUCUCAGCCCAAAACUGAAGCCUUUUCAAGAAGUAUCAGUAAAAAAUAUUUUUGUGUUGUUCAUAACUUACUGGCUGUGUAAAUCGAUGUUUUCAGUUUCCAGUGUCAUCACUGGUAUAUUCUGCAAGCAUACAAUUUGUUCAGAUUGUUACCUUUGAAAACAAAUUUUCUAUGCUUCAGUGGUGGUUGGAAACCAACUUUUUAUACCGUUAGAUGUUUACCUAUAUAUAUUUAUAUGUUAACUAGUGUUUGAUGUUUUGUUGUGAAGACUAGGGAAGGCGGGGGUUUUUUCCCUUUGGUAAAUUGCACCAAACCAAAUCCAAAGAAACUUUUGACAUCAUGUCCUAAGACUGGCUAGCUAGACCUUACUCAAAUCUAACAGCAGAUCUUUUGCAUUACAGAGCGCAGUUUGUUCUAAAGCCUGCAUUCCUACCCACAACCUGGGGGGAUUUGGAGCAAUAACUUCUGUUGUCUGUUGACUCAAAUUUUGUCUGUAAAUGUACAUGUGAUGCAUCUUACGAAUGGAACUAUGUUCAAAACUAAUGUUACCAUUGUUGGUUUUGGUACAGUACCUGGUUUUGCAUGUAUAAUAUUGAAAAUGUAAUCCCUGUGUCCAUCUGUGGCAGAACAAAAUGUGUGAGUUAAGAUUGAGAAGUACUCAUGUAGACUGCAGAGGUAUUUAAACUAAAUAAUUUUGAUUGUAUGCACCAGUCCUCUUCCUAAUAAAAAAGGUUUUUGUAGCAGGUUUAAGAAGCUUUUAACUUAAUAUUGUAUUCACACUGCAGUCCUUUGUAAGCACAGAAUGGUUAAUAUAUUUUGAAAUAAAAUGCUG